UAUAUUAUCUUUCUUCGAAUAAAAGGGGCAAAAUCCUUCAAACAUCCUUCAUUCUACUGAACGAACUUGAAGAUUGUAUGUUAAUUUCAAACGCUUUAAACGUAAUCAAUAAAUCAUUGCCCAUUGACAAACGUGCACCAAAAUGAAAACAGCGGUGACGGUGUUGCAAGAGCUGAUGAUCAAGUUAGGUCAAUUGCCCAAUUAUGAAUGCAUAUCUCAAUCGGGUCCACAACAUCAGGCCACAUUUGAAUACAGUUGCACAGCAUAUGGGGUUACAGUAACUGGACAGGCACGCUCUAAAAAGGAAGCCAAGCAAGAGGCAGCGCGACGAAUGCUCAUGCAACUACACUCGCGCGGCAUCUCUGUGCCACCGCCUUUCGCUUCGCCACCCUCGCCGCCGCCUCCUUCGCCACCCUUACCCUCAGAUGACCCUGCCUUGGAAGCAGGUCCGUCGCGAGGCGCCUGUGGCACCACCGGAGCUCCGGCUGUAGACUCACGUAGCUAUGUUGCACUGUUAAAAGAGCUAUGUGAAGAAUACCGACUGGGUGAGCCGGAAUAUGAGCUAGUGAGCGACACAGGCCCGCCGCACCAGCGUCGUUUCACAAUGCGUGCGCGCCUGCGCAUGCACGAGCGACAGGCCACCUCUACAACAAAGAAAGCGGCGCGACAGCUCGCCGCGGAACAACUAUACUCCUAUCUGCGGGAAAACCUUGCAAGACUCACUGGAGAUUUCGUGGAGGAAGAAGCAUUGGCACGGGCUCACGAGAAGCGAUCCCAGGAAAAGCGCGCUGCAGAAGCUACUUUGCAGCGCGUCGUAGAACGCUGCGAGUCUACGCCCUGGCGUCACGACCUUGGACAACGCCUCUCCAACUAUCACCUCGGUCUGCUAACACACAUUGAUGAAGAUCGUAGAACCUUGGGAGUGCAGGCAUUGAUUGCUACACAAAGCUCUGAACCAGAGAAGUCGCUGGAGUCGGUGUGUAUUGCGCUGGGCCUGCGCGUCGAGCGCCCUAAUUUGUCAACCUCCGGACUUACCGUUUUUCGCCUGACGCCGACCUCACCGACGCUCGCCUUCGCCGGGCGCGAACCGACCGCUGCAGCCGCCACUGCGCUGCGCUACCUACGCCGUACGCUGCUGGUUUCUGCUUCCAGCGCGGUCUGCUAAUUUUCUUAUGACUGAUAAUAUUGAUCACAUGAUAUCUUUAUUUUGAUAACCAAUUUCAUUAGCCAUGAAUUGUGACUUUUGUUCACAUUUAAUGCUAUGAAUAGAAUACUAAGUUAAAGAAUCAAUAAAGAACAUUACAAAGUAAUUGUUAAUUUAUAAUUUCUUUCAUGUAUCUUCUUCAAAAAAUUAUAUAUUUUUUAAUAAUUUAUACUAACAAAUGUAACAUUGCAACAAGUAUAUUUUAUAUCAAC